AUGUCAAAACAUAUCCCAUCAGAAUUACUUAAUUUGGUAUUUUUAGAAAUCUACAAUGAUCGUUUCUUACUUUACAAUCUAAAAAUUCAUUAUUUAUACAAUUGUCUAUUAGUAAAUCGUUUUUGGUGUAAAAAUGUGGUUUCUCUACUUUGGUCUCUUGUCUUCGCUUUUAGUUUGAAAAAAAAAUCUUCGAAAACUCGCGCAGUGAUUAUUGAUACUUGUCUUAAAUUUAUUAAUAAAGAGCAACAAACAGAUUUAUUAAAGUCUGGAAUUCAUGUUGAUGUAGCUCCUUCAUUAUUUAAAUAUCCAUCAUUCAUUAAAGACAUUAAAUUUGAGGCCUUAUUGUUAAAUGUAAGAGACUGGAUUUUUCUUAGGCAUCCUUCUGAAGUUGAUCGUAAUUUGAUUUUAAGAAUCUUGCUGGAAGUGUUGGCUGAAUAUGGCUCUAAUUUAGAUUGUUUUGUGUCGGACCAUCUUUCCUUGGAUCUUUCUAGUAUAGCAAUAAGAGAAAGGUUGCCAUUGAACGAACUAACAAUAUUGGGAAAUAAAAAUAUUAAAAAUAUAUUUAGUCAUGUGAAUGAGUUGUGGAUAGGUGGUAGAUCCCUGGAAAACCCAUUCAUUAGCGUGAUUACCAAUAUUUGUCAUAAUGUGGUUCGAAACUAUGAUCAUAUCGUUUGA